UUAUUUUUUAAUUUUCAGGCAAAAGCAGCAUGUGUAUUGAUUGAUUUAUGCUUUGGACCAUUAUCACCAUGGAUAUAUACAAUUACUGCAAAGGUUGAUCUUGCAAUCGAACUUCCGGAGGACCUCUUGGUGUUAUUCAAGAUAGGAUGAAGAUGUUGAAAGUAAUAGCCAGAACUGUUGGAUUGCACCGUCUGAUCUCGUUAAAUUUUUAUCCGUUUCUUCAAAAAUAUGUUCAGCUGUCCAGGCCUGCCAUGAUAUGGUUGUGCUUUUUUUACUGUAGAUUUUCUAAGCGUUCAUAGUCAAGGCAUGCUGUUCCCAGUUCUGUUCUUCAGAUAGAAGAACUCAUCGAAGCUGUUUUUAUUUGAAUAGUACCUCCUGAUGCGGUUGAACCCUUAUUUAAACAAAUUGUGAAUCAAUUUGUGCAUGAUCGUUCUCGCACAGAGGUCAUUGCUGUUGGGCUGAAUGUUGUGAGGGAGAUCUGUAUCAGGAUGCCUUUGUUAAUGAAUGAAGAUCUGCUUCAAGACUUGGUCUUGUACAAAAAAUCACAUGAGAAGGCAGUUUCUUCAGCAGCUCGCUCCUUGAUAACUUUAUUCAGAGAGAUAUGCCCUUCUUUAUUGGUCAAAAAGGACCGUGGCCGUCCGGUCAAUCCCAAAGCAAGGCCAAAAGCAUAUGGAGAAGUUAGUAUAGCUACUGAUGUGCCUGACAUAGAGUUGCUGGAACACGUUGAUAACUCGAUGACUGACAGUUCUGAUGCUGAGGCUUCUGCAUCAGAUUUGGAUGAUGAAUAUAACAGUGAUGCUGAGACAGAGAAAGAGGAUGAUUCUUUGGAAGAUGAAGAAGAGGAUGAUGAGGUUUCAGAUGAAAAAAAUGAAGAAGAUUUAGGUAACAGUGAUAACAUUGAUGGGGAGGAAGAUGAUGGUGAUGAUCUUGAUGAUGAUAUUGAUGAGAAUGCUGCCUAUGAUGAAUAUGAUAGUGAUACUAAAGAAGAUGUGGAUCUUAGUGAUGAUAAUAUGGAUAUCUCCAGUGAGCUAGAUGCAUCAAGGAAAAAGUCUUCUAAUGACAUCUGCAAUGAUGAUGACCUCAGUAAUCAUGAAUGCGCUUGUGAUGACAACGAUGAAAUAAAGGAAAAAGAGAAGGCCAAAUCAAAGAAGAGGAAGUUUGCGGAUUAUGUUGGACAACUGAAUACUUCAAAAUCAAGUCUUCGCACCCUUAAAAGACUAACAAUGGCCAAGAUGUCACAGAAAGCAUCAGAUGAAACAGAUGGAAUUCUUUCUAAUGAAGAUUUUCAACGUAUAAAAGAGUUGAAGGCAAAGAAAGAAGCAAAGCUGGUUAUGGCUCAGCAAGGUCUUUUGAGAAAGGGUAUAGACUCGAAAGUCUCAUCUUUCAAAAUUCCCUCUUCUGAGCAAUUAAGUAUAAAGCCAGUGGAUCCUGCUAUGCUAGAGGUCCACAUUAAAAGAAAGCUUAGCAAGGAGGAACGACUGGCCCUAGUAAGAGCUGGGAGGGAGGAUAGAGGAAAGUAUCAGGCCAGAACUGCUGUGAAACAAAAAAAGACGGGUGGUCUAAGCAAUCGCCAAAAGGAACAUAAAAGGAAGAUGCCUCUUUUUGCCAAAAGAGCAAAAGUAGCUCGCUCUAGGCAGGAUAAAAAACAGCGGCAAAGGCGGUCAGGCAAGCAGUUCCAGGGAAGGAAAGCAUGGAAGUGACAAAAUUUCAUAGCUUCCUAAAAUUUCAUGGCUUCGUAAAGUGACAAGAUUUCGUAAAAUUUUGACCCCAUGCAGUUUCUUCCAUUAGAAAAUUUCAUUUCAAAAGUUAUGAUUUCUGCUUAGAAUUUUGAUUUAUUUUCUUCUGUUGUGUAAAUCUUUAGCUGAUUUCAGAUGAGCUAUAUGUAAAUCAAAGCUGCCUUUUGUCUUAGUUGAAUGCUGUUGCAAGGAAAUAGAGCAACAGAUUUUAUUGAUUGUGUUUCAA